ACAGAAUUCACCUAGAGAGGUACAGUCGAGAGAACAGUUAACGCAUUGUUCCUUAAAUCAAAAUCUUUCCGAAAGGGUCAUUCUUUUGCUGAUCCAUUCUCUGUCACGAGAAAAUUGAGCAUCCUUCAAUUUUCGAUAAUUGUUAGAACAUUCGUCCCAAGUCCAUUUUCCUCUCCAAGACAAAGGAGAAGAGAAGGAAGGCCCUUAAAGCUUGAACGGUGCAAAAGAGAGGCUCUCCCGCGCGAACAUUACAUAACGCCGCGACAACUCGACAACCACUGACGUACGUUUCGUAAUCGCCUGAUUCUUCUCGCGCAACCGGUGUCGAAUGAUACUCCAGAAUCGGACCAUUCUAUAAAGUCAGUACGUCUUGAAAGCCAUCCGAGUCAACAAUGUCUGGUCCGGUAUCCGAGUUCUUCGCUGGGCGAACAGUUUUCAUCACGGGUGGAAGCGGAUUCCUGGGCAAAGUCUUGAUCUUCAAGCUCCUCAAAUCAUGUCCGAAAAUCGGCGAGAUUUGGCUACUGAUUCGGGAAAAGCGGGGUCAGACUCCGGAGGAGCGGCUCCAAGGCAUCUUGAAGUCUCCCAUGUUCAAGGAAGUCGAGGGCAGUCUGUCCAAAGUCAAAGUUAUCACCGGCGAUGUCUCCGAAAAAGGUCUGGGAUUGAAACCGGCAGACAGGCGGAAAGUGAUUGAGAACAUCUCGGUGGUUUUUCAUUCAGCGGCCACCAUCAAGUUCGACGAAGUUUUGACCAAGGCUGUAUUCUUGAAUGUGCGAGGCACCCGGGAUCUGCUAAAUUUGGCCAAGAAUAUGGUCAAGCUACGUGCAUUCAUUCACGUCUCUACAGCAUAUUGCAACUGUCACACGUCCAAAAUCGAUGAAAGUGUACUCUUCGCUCCCCCCAAGGCGCAAGACAUCAUCGAAAUGUGCGAAACUGGAGACCAUGAGGUCUUGAACUCUCCCGAGAAGACACUUGAAAUCAUAGGAGAUCGUCCAAACUCCUACACAUUCACAAAAGCCAAGGCCGAAGAAUUGGUCUUAGAGGCGUUUGAGAAAAUUCCAACUGUCGUUGUACGUCCUUCGAUCGUUGUCGCCGCCCUUCAAGAACCAUUCCCCGGUUGGAUUGACAACAUGAAUGGACCUACAGGCAUGGUUGUCGGAGCCGGGUCAGGAUUUUUACGAACGAUGAAAGUGGAUCGCGAAUGCAAGGCCGAUUUGGUUCCCGUGGAUCAAGUGAUCAACCUUCUCUGUGUAGCAGCUGAGAGAAUGAGUGAAUCUCGAGCCCCAAGCCUUCCGGUCUACAACAUGUGUUCGGGCGACCUCAAUCCAAUUUUGUGGGGUCAAAUUGAAAGUAUAUUCCAACCAUUUCUGUUGGAAUACCCUCCCGAAAAGAUGUUUUGGUAUCCGGGUGGAUCCUUCAAGAAGUCUGCCGUUGUGGACAUGAUGUGCCAGAUCGCGUUCCAUUACAUACCAGCGUACCUAACCGACCUUUGCAAGGUGGCCAUGGGACAAAAGCCAUACAUGGUGAAUAUCCUGAACAAGAUGGUCAAAGCUAUUGCUGCGUUGGAGUACUUCACCAAUCGAGAGUGGGAUUGGUCCACUAAAAAUGUGAGGCAACUGUGUGAAAGUUUGGAACCCAAGGAUAGGAUCACAUUCGAUUUUGAUGUGAGGGCGGUGGACUGGAAAUCGUUUCUGAGAAGCUACGUACAAGGUACGCGUCACUUCGUCCUCAAGAACGACCCCAACUCCAUGGGAGAUUGUAGGAAAAAGCUUCAGAUCCUGAAAUUAUGCCAUUACGGCCUUCAAGUGAUCAUGUUUGUUAUGAUCUUCAACUUUUUCAAAUACCUUCUGAGCUUCAUUUAUUAGACCAUCAUCGAACCGGUGAAUAUUGUUUCUUUUGCUGUAUGACAUUUGGGGAAAUGUAUGCCUUCCUGAAAUAAAAAAAACCAUCAUCUAACUCA